ACCAGCAGACACUGUUCAGAGGCAUUGCUGUGCAACAUGAAGGACGAAGCAGACAAACAGAGCACCUAGUUCAUGUAGAUGAGGUUAUCCAGAGCGGAAACGCAGCAGAGAUAUAACUUGGGAUCUAAUGAUCCAUCAUAUGAAAUGGCGGUGAGGCAAAGGAUCUUCAACUCCACAGCUCCUUUCUCGGGUUCACCUCAAGCUGAGCUGAAGGGAACAUAUCCAACCUGCUCCGCCACGGAACAGGAGACCAAGGAGGAUGAAGAGGAGGGAAAGGAAAGCAAAAUGGGCUUCACAGAUUUACCAGAAUGGGAUAAAUCUCCUUUGAUUAUAAAACUCCUGACACGUGGAACAGCAGAGCAAGUUGGAGAAAUGCCGAUAAAGACCUCAACCAUCAUUGCUCAGGCUGAAUGUGAAACCCAGGAAUCCCAGGAGUUUAGUCCUUCAUGUUAUGUUCGCUCCUUGGUUCCCUCCCUUAACUGCUUCACCAACAAUCUCUCCUCCGAGCACAACAACGUGGCGUGUCCAACGACUGCCUCUGUCCACGAGCCGAGCAGUUUUUCAGCACGCCCAAGAAAGAGGGGCCGGAGGAGACAGAAGUGCAUGUGGAAGAGGAGGCAGGAGGAGCAGCGGCAGAGAAAACGCAUGCCCUCUGGAGUCCCUGAACAGGAGAGCGGAAGUUCUCUCGUCCAGAUUGUGGACUCAUCGUCUCUUGCAAGCAGAAGUGAAACCAGCUCUUCGUGCUGUAGCAGCAUUGAGAGCUCAGAGGAGCAGGAGCGAGAGACUUCUCGCUACAGGCAGCAGAUAUACAUCACCGGCUCCAGCUGCUCUCCUCUGAACUGGCCCAAGCAGUCCGUCUGCUCCCUCUCCAGCCUCCCCUCGUAUGAGCGGGACUGCAGCUCAGACUCCCUCAGUGGUCUGGAAAACUAUUCCCUGCCGCUCGCUGGCCUCAGGGGCAGUGUCAGUCAGGGGGACCCGUGCUAUGCAGGGCCUUUUUUCAAAGAGGUGGAGAGGGAUGCGAGGGAGGAAGAAGAUAAUUCCUCCGAUGAUUAUUCUGCUUACAACGAGGGGAUAAUCUUUUACAAUGAAAAAAUUCAGCCCGUAGACUCAGAAUACAAGGAAGGAAGGGAGUAUGUUCUAUCAAAAUUUAUCAAAGUAGGCUCCUAUGGCGAAGUGUACUGUGCAGAAGAUGCCAACACGGGAUUCAGAUUUGCAGUUAAAAAGAUUGCCCUGAACAGGUUCAACAGUGAGGAGGUGGGUGCGUGGAGUGCCCUCAGAUCUCCUCGUGUGGUGGAACUCUUUGGCGUUAUCAGAGAUGGGUUCAACGUUGUGCUUUUUAUGGACCACAAAUCUGGCUCCCUGAGCCAGCUGAUAACAGAUCGCGGCCGGAUCCCCGAGGAUUUAGGUCUGCACUACCAGUCUCAGGUCCUGACGGCUCUGGAGUAUUUGGGAAAGAAAAAAAUAGCACAUUUAGAUAUUAAAGCUGACAACGUGUUGCUGUCAGAGGACGGUCGAGACACCUUCCUGUGCGACUUUGGACAUGCAGAAAAGCUGGACAAUCAGGGGCAGAGUCUCUCUGGGUCCAAAGAUCUGAAGGGCACAGAGACCCACAUGGCGCCUGAGAUUGUGAAAGCAGAAACCCGUGGAGCCAAAGCAGAUGUGUGGAGCAGCUGCUGCAUGUUACUGCACAUGCUCAAUGGGUGCCAACCAUGGACAAGAUACUACAAAUGUAGACUCUACCUGAAGAUUGCAAAUGAGCCUCCACCUCUGAGAGAGAUCCCACCUGACUGCAGUCCUCUCACAGCGGAGGUUUUAAAGGCAGGUCUCCAGAAGGAUCCUGUCAAGAGAUCGUCAGCAUCUGAGCUUAAAGAAAAAAACGCCAGAAGUCUGAGAGAAGUCGGAGGACUCAGGAGUCCAGUUAAGGGGCCCUACACAGAACCUCUGCAUAUUGCCAACAAAGCACCUGACUCCCUGCAGCUGGUUAAUAACAGUGAUGAGUUUGAAGAUGAGGAACAUCUGGAGUCCACUGACAAUGCAAUCACAGCAGGACUCGAACCGAAGACACUUGAUGAGAAAGAGGUGGAACGUGGUUCUUAUGAGCCAAAGCACGUUUUCCCAUCCAGUCCACAAAUGCUGAAUUCUGAGCCACAAACCCACAAGAAGGGCAGCAAGAUCACCACUGUGCCUGAACUGGAGCUUCGUAAACUGGAGCAUGACUUCUACCUGAGCAGUCUGUCUCAGCUCCACUCGGCGGAGAUGCAGGAGCAGCUCCUGUCUUGUCUCCGUGGUGUCCAUUAUUCCAACUGGGAACCAUGGGAUGAAAAGGACUCUGGCAGCUGGUCCCUGAGCCCAGGAGAUGACUUAAGCUCUGGUGUUUUCUCCUACAACAGCCAGCCGGAUGUCCAGGCCUUCAAUAAGGAUUUGCUCGGCCGCACACAGUUUCCGCAGCCUUGCUGUUUUGAAGGGGUGGAUGUCUGCAUCAGAGACUUCAGCAGCAAAGGCAUUCGAAUCAGGGAGGCGCGUCGGGUGAAGGUGGGCCACAUCGCCACUGGAAUCAGUGAUCAGAUCUCCGAGCGGGUUUUCACUCUGGAAACCCAGCAGGGCCAGCAGAUCGCUCAUGAUGAAGAGGUACAGGAAUCGGGUCUGCAGCUCUGCUGUGUUCCUGCUCCAGACUUCAGCCCUGCGUGGAGGUGGAGGAUCAGAGACGGAGUGCUGGAGACGAGAUAGAGCCCACAACUCAGUGAUGACCUCGCCCAUCUGUCAGAUGUUUUUUAUCUGUUUGAAACCUCUCAAACUGCCAUUUUAACAAGUUUGACUCAUGUCUUUAAUAAAAUAAUGAUGGGCUGUUGUUUUAUGGUGAUCGUAUGUUGGUCCUUCUUAUUUCAUCAUUUUAAAGCAAUAAAAAUACUGAACUAUC